GCUAGGGGGCGUGGCCGUGGGGGCUACCCAGUGGUGCUCGGCUGACUGGCGGAAGCCUUCGGUGAAGCGUCGGCAGCGGGCGGUCGGGCUGCCGAGCCGGCGCGCGCGAAGGCUGCUGGGAGGCUGUGGAGCCCGGGGCAGCGCUAUGGCAUCGGCGGGGGCUCGCGGCGCCCUCCCGGGCUCGGUCUCCGUGCUGGCUUGGGGCCUGGCGCUGUGGUGCCUGUGCGGGGCGGGCCCGCUGUGGAGUGGCAGCCAUGAGUGGAAGAAACUAAUUUUGACCCAGCACUGGCCCCCAACAGUUUGCAAGGAAGUUGACGGCUGCAGAGAUACUCUGGAUUAUUGGACAAUACAUGGACUAUGGCCUGAUAGAGCAGAAGAUUGUAACCAAUCCUGGCACUUUAACUUAGAUGAGAUUAAGGACCUUCUGCGAGACAUGAAGAUCUACUGGCCCGAUGUGAUCCACCCAUCCUCUAACCGUAGCCGGUUCUGGAAACAUGAAUGGGAUAAGCACGGCACCUGCGCUGCCCAGGUGGAUGCCCUCAACUCUGAGAAGAAGUACUUCGGGAAGAGCCUGGACCUGUACAAGCAGAUCGACCUCAACAGUGUGCUGCUAAAAUUUGGGAUCAAGCCAUCUAUCAAUUACUACCAGCUUGCAGAUUUCAGAGAUGCGCUUACCAGGAUCUAUGGCGUGGUGCCUAAAAUCCAGUGCCUUGUGCCAGAACAGGGAGAGAGUGUACAAACUGUUGGUCAAAUAGAGUUAUGCUUCACCAAGGAGGACCUCCAUCUGCGAAACUGCACUGAGCCAGAUGAGCGGCUGUCCUUCAGGCCGGAUGCCCGGCUGGCCACGGGGGCUUCCACACACGGGAUGAUGGUCUGUGAAGAUGGUCCAAUCUUCUAUCCUCCGCCUGCAAAGACCCAACUUUGAUGUUCACAUUUUGGAAAUAUUUUAUGUUCCACAAACGGGAGUCCCCAGCUGCUGCCUGUGCCUGCUUCUCAAGUGUUCCCAGAUCCUUCUCAAGUGUUCCCGCCUCUUUCCAGGGAGACCAGCACUGUUCUUUACACACGUUUAUGUCUGCAUCGACUGCAUCGGCAGCAAGUCACAGUGCAUGCCAGUUCCCGUUCUGAUCUGCCACCACAAGGAUUGCUACAGCUGCUCCUUUUCCACGCCGGCACCUGGCUUCUGUUCCCUCCGGUGUCUUUGCUUACUCGAUGGAUCCACUGCUAGGAGACGAGCUCCUGCUUGCAUCCUUUGCCCACACCGUGGAGGUGAGGAUGCUCUCACUCUCCACACUGAGCUGCUUUCUUCCUUCACCAUCCUGGUCCUUAAUUCACUGGGUCUCUGAUGCCCAGAAAAAGGGAGGAAAAGGAAGGAAGAGAAAUUUUACCAACUUCCAAAGCUUUGUUUUCACAACCUGCAAAGUUCACGUGCAUCGACACACACUUGGAUUCCUGCAGAUGCAGAAGGCAAGCAGAAGGAGUGGAGGGCACUGUGCAUGCUCUGAGACUCAUGCUCAGAUGAACGCUCGUCCUGACACCCUGCUGUGAAGUCCUGCAGAGGGCUAAGUGCAGGAAGGUUGCAUUUCUUUACCCCCCACCCACCACAGUAGAUGAUUCUGGGGUGGAGUUCACACCUAGGAGCCCUGGAGGCUGAGAACUGAGGCUGUUGCCUGUUUUGCAGAGCUUUGCAGGGACACUGCCUGUUUCUUUACCCUGUAUUUUUUUUUUUUGGCCAAACUUUAAUACCAUUUUUUUUUUUACAUAAUUUUUCCUACCUUCCAAUGUACUGUUCUUAAUGUUUCUUGCCCUCUUGGACUGUCUAGACCUCCCUGACCCUGUGGAAAGAUGGAGGCAGCUCUCCAGGCAGCAGAGCACAGCAAAGCUUCAGCACAAUGGGGAGGGUUCCAAGGAAGGCUGAGCAAGCAGGCAAUGUUCCCUUUUCAAGAGCUGGCAGGAGAGAAAUGUCCUUGAGCUGAUGGGGAGAUGCUGCUUGGUGACAUCUGUAUUUGGAGUCUCUGAGCUCAGCGCAGUAGAGCCGCACCAGUAUGUCCAAGCUUGGGCCUCCUCCCCUGUGGGUGGAGCUGGAAUCUUCCAUUCAGCAUGCACUUCUCCAGGAUGGCCCUGUGGUGACCUCCCUCCUAGAGUUCAUACGAUAGAUGGUAUUUGCCUUAAGACCCCCUCUUCUUUAAUGUGCCACAGAAUUCUGAGCAGAUGGAGGAAGCCAAAUUUGAGAAAGACGGACAGUUGCUGCAUGGUCAGAACCUGUCAGUGUGGUUGCGUGUGUGUCAUGCCUUAUUGGCUUCACCCCGAACGAGAAGCUAGUAAAAGAGACACGAUUUCUGUGUAGGUCUCUGGUGAAGCUAUGCCAUGUACCAGAACCCUGGCAGGACUGUGCCAAGGUACUACCAAGCCAUCACCCAUCUGACCUCCGCUCCCCAGCCUUCCUGCACUUGCUCUCUCCCUGUGCCAUGUCUUCUGUAAGCUGUUUAGUGGACCAAGUGCAGACACCAGAGCUAGUCUCCAGCCACAGCCCACGUCCCCAUUUCCUCUCUGAUUCAGAGACCUGGUUUUGUCCUUUAAAGUUGCACGUGCAUUUUACUGAGGACAGAAACAGAGGUUCGGGAAAUCCCAAACAAGCGCAUCUGGAUGCUCGUGUGUCAAGGAAAGCAUGACAACUAAUAAUGCCAUCGAUAAUAGGAGUUCAUCAGGGCCAUUUUAAAACUAGCAACACCACGUGACCAUUUAUGGGUCUUGGAAAGCAGAGAAUGUGGCUGGGGCAGCACAAAGGCCAUAGAGAGAGGGGCAUUUAGAAAAUGGGCAGACCGAGUCUCAGAAUCUCCUGUGUAGGUAUUACUCAAUUUUAAAAACAUUGAUUUUG